UAACUUUGUAUUUUAUACUAUAUUUUUCUGGAAUAGAUUUUAUUUUAUUUGUUUGUAUGUCAAUAAUUAUAGAUCAUAAUGGCACCUAAACGAUCAGAAGAUUAUGGUUGGCAACAUGGACAAAUGAUUGAUACGAAUAGGUUUCAUUGGAAGUGCAAUUAUUGUAAUAUGGUCAGAAUGGGUGGAGGUGUCACUCGCCUAAAAAAACAUAUUGCUGGGGAUUUUUCUUAAGUAUCGAACUGCCCUAAAGUCCCUCAGGAAAUAAGACAUGCAAUGAAAAUUGAGUUAGAAUCUUCAAAAUUAGCAAAAAAGAAAGUAAGAGAUGAUCGAGAUGAACUAGAUAAACGAGCGACAGAAUAUCCCCUAUUGACCCAUAUGAAAGUAUAGGUGAUGAAUUAGAUGCUGAUACUAGAGCUGCCAUGGAAGCAUCUGCACAAGAAAGAUGGCAGCAAGAUGAAGUCCAACGACAUAGAACACAAUUUGGACGCUCUUAGUUUGAUGCCGGUGGUGGGUCUGGGUCUGCACCAUCUGGUUUAGCUCGCAGUGGUUCUGUUAGCCGUUUGUUCGACAGAUUUAAAAAAGGACCAAAAAAAAAAAGUGGAAGACAUCCAAAUAUUAUAGAUAUAAACCCAAUGGCAUUUCCACACUCAGAUGCUCAACAGCAGCGUAUAGAUACAAUGUUAAAAAAAGAUAAAAAAGGUAGAAUUGGUAGAGCAAUAGCAAAGUUUUUUCACUUUAGUCAUAUUCCUUCCCAUGCAGCAAGUACUCCAUAUUAUAGAUCAAUAAUUGCUACCAUACAAAAAGAAGGUCAAGGAGUUGAACCCCCAACGCCGUAUGAGAUCUCUGGCAAAUACCUUGACGCCGAGGUCAAUGAUAUUCAUGCAUUGGUAACAAACUUGAAACAGCUGUGGGAGAUGUAUGAUGUGACUUUGAUGUGUGAUAGUUGGACAGGACCAACAAAAAUGAGCAUUAUAAAUUUUUUAAUUUAUUGUAAUGGCAAGAUGAUCUUUCACAAAUCAAUCGAUGCAACCGGUCGAUUUGAAGAUGCUGACUAUAUAUAUGCAUUAUUGGAACAAGUGUUAAGUGAGAUUAGUGAGAAAUGUGUGGUACAAGUUAUAUCGGACAAUGGUGCAAACUUUAAGAAAGCUGGCAAACUAUUAAUGCAAAGGCAUCCCCAUUUAUUUUGGACUCCUUGUGCAGCGCAUUGCAUCAACGUAAUGAUGUCUGACUUUGAUGAGAUAAAUCGGGUAAAAAAAACUGUAAAUACUGCACAACAUAUAUCUAAGUAUUUGUAUAAUCAUCUUUGGGUCCAUACUUUAAUGGUGAAAUUCACAGGACGAGAACUCGUACGUUCUGGUAUCACACGAUUUGCAACAAAUUUUAUUGCUCUAAACAGUAUCCUUCAAAAUAAAAAUGGAUUAAAGUCCAUGUUUGCAUCAGAUUAAUGGCAAACAUCUCGUUAUGCCUCCACGGCUGAUGGAAAAUCGAUUGAGCAAAUAAUUAUGUCUACCAAGUUUUGGGAUUAUGUGAAAGAGAUUGUUGAUAUUGUGGAGCCGCUAUAUGUGGUCCUCCGUUUAGUGGAUCAGGAAAAAAUACCUCAAAUGGGACAUGUUUAUUAUAAACUGAGGAUGGCUAAAGAUAAUAUUAAAAAAAAUAAUCCACUACGGUGCCAAUCUUUUCUAAAAAUUAUUGACAGACGUUGGGACGUCCAGAUGAGCCGGGAUCUACACCUAGCAGGUUAUUAUCUUAAUCCGUCGUACCAUCAUCGUUAUAAUCUUGGAUUUGAUGAUGAACUGUUGAAGGCAUUACGAAACGUUAUCAAUAGAUUGGAGAGGGAUCCAACACAUGCUGCUCUUGCCAUAAGUGAGGGAAAAAUAUUUCGUGAAUCCUCUGGAACUUUUGGUGAAGCGGAUGCAAUUAACGGAAGACACAAUACCGAUCCCAGUUUCAAAACUCUUUUGCCGGGAGAGGGUGGGACCGAGUGAACGCUAGUCGUAGUUUGUUGUUUGAGUUGCUUUCUUUUGUUAUUUUGUCUAUGUAGUAGUUGGAUGUUAAGUGGGUUUUCGUGGAUUAUCAUCUGAUUUAUUCAUUUUGGUUUUGUUCUUUUUUUCUAUACCGCAUAUUUAGUGAAUUUUGUGACUAUCGUUUUGCCUGAUUCUUUGUUAGGUUCUGUAGCCUUACAUAUUUGCAAUCUAGCAGGCAUGUGGCGGCUGUUACCACCUCAAAUUUGGGGCGUGUAGAUAGUUUGCCUCACAUUAUUGAAGACAGGUUCAUUUCAAAAUCUAGAUGUCUUGUAAAAGCCGUAAUUGAUGUUUUAGACUUCUCUACCUUUAAUGUUUUCAGAGA